AUGAUAGCGAAAAAGAGAGAAGAAGAGGAGGAAGAAGAAGAAGAAAAAGAUGUGAAGAAGUGCCCACAACGUCUCUCAUCACCACGGCGGUCUGUGUUUACGCCUCCUUCCACACACCGACUCUCUACAUUAGUCUCGUUACUGCAGGAAUGUGCGGAUGAACUUCACAUUGGGCCACACGGUCUUCUUUCAGCGUUUGUCUCUGUGGAGGCUCAAUUGCUUUUGCUGCGGCCGAGGGCUGUUAAUAUCCUACAAGGAAUGACAGAGCUGGAAGGAUGGAAAGUACUGUGGGGUUUAUUUUUUAGAGAAACAACUGCCAUGUAUACAGCAGUUACUUCCAUGAUGAGAUUGAAAAAAAGAAAAGAUUAUAAUCUUCCUGAUGGACAUGGUAGACUACUUAUUAUGAGUGCCGCCCUAUUACGUCAAUUCAUCUCACCUCAGGUGAAGUAUCCUUUAAUAGAUACAGUAUCCGCAGCAAAGAAUAGACGUUGUCUGAUACGAGUACUCCAACAGUUAAUAACACCUGGAGAUUUGGAAGGACUAUUUCCUUUUUCACUCAAAUGUGAGGAAUGGAAAGGAACAUCUACGGAUAUUAUUGGUAAAAUAACACUCAUCGCUUUGCGGGAUAUACAACCAUACUCAUAUUCGGUGAGUGCAACGAUUACACGACAGGUAUUAGAGGGUUGUAUUCACUAUACAAUGUGUACAGAAGUUGAAGGGGAUGUACUGAUGAAACUUUGCAGACUUCUUCUUUGUUUUCUAUACAAUUCACCCAUUCCAAAGGGACGAGUAAACACGCAAUCGGUUCUGCAUCGUGCACGUGCUCUCUUAAUGGAUCCCUUUUCAUAUAUAAUACCAUCUCUAGGAAGAAGUAUAUGGUCCUCACGUUCACUUCCGUUUGGUACAUUUCUGUUGCCCACUACUUCCUCAAGACUAACAGCACACGAGGGAACACGAACACCAUUCUUUAUAUUGGAGAAGUGUGAAGGAGAAGAAGAUGGACCAUUGAUGGUUUUACUUUUACACAUAGAUGAUAAAGGUGGGUUGCUGGAUUUUGCACACUCCAAAGUAGAUAAUAACAACGAUGAAGAGAGUGAAGAGUGGGAUAGGGAAAGUGAAGAAGGAGUGCGGAAGGUGCAGCGUAUGUGGACAAGAACUGAACAGGAAGAAGCACAAUUAGAAGCCGCACAUAUUUUAUAUACAUGGGCAUGGAAUCAUAACAUACGUGUGAUCUUAACUCCUUCAUAUGUGCCUCCUGUUAUUAAAACCUAUGGGCAGCGGUAUAAUACUAAAGAAGGGCUCAAGACUAAUAUGGAUAGUGAUGAUAAAAACAACAAAAAGAAUAAUAAUAAUACUAAUACUAAUAAUAUCAAAAGUGAGACGAAUACAAUCAAAAAGAACCCUAUUUUUAUGGUAGAUGAAGUGGAUGAAACUCUUUUUAAUGCAUUACUGCGACGUCUGCAAUACUGGCGUCAUGACAGACGAGAUAAUAUUAAUAAUAAUAAUAAUAAUAAUAAUAAUAAUAUUAAAAAACAUGGGAUAUUCUCCUCUUUAGAUGUAGCUAUACUAAGACGUGGAAAGUUGGAGUUACCAGAAUGCCCCGGCGAUGCUAUUUUACCUGUGGAACGUAUUAUGCAUCACUCGUUAAAUGUAAUUUUUCCAUCCUCCAUUCCACACUUUGGAGUAAGAGAGAGAGAUAAUAAUAAUAAUAAUAAUAGUACAACUGUGGUAUUAAUAGAGUUGUGCAAGUCUAAACCACCGUAUAGUAGUGUGUCUCUGCAAGAGAGAGAAGAUCUAAAAGGAAUAGGCUCUAUAUUUCUAGUAGCUUCAAAUUCCAAUCUUAUUUCAAUGUAUAAGGCAUUACUAUUAAAGACUACGGCAAGUCUGUUAAUGGCUCUUGAUGGAUCCUCAUACUCUGGUGCUGUAAACUCUGAAUGUGGAUUGGGCUUUAUACGAGCUGGUGGUGCCUUCUCUAUUGCACUCGCCCGUCAGAUGCGCCGUUGUGCGGAGACAUUAUUAAAACAGAAAAGUAAUAGUGAUAGUGAUAAUGUUAUUAAGGAUGCCGCUGUGAAUAUCUCUGCUAUUUCUCAUUCCCAUACACCCGUUGUGGUGGCGGUAUUACAAUUACUCGCAGAGGCCCUGUUGGAAGUCCCACGACAUCUCGCCGCACAUCUCACGGCCCAUCACUACCCAUUAAAACGUCGUUGGUGGCAUUUGGAGGCAAAUGAAAUGCAAAUAGAUCCAACGCAGAUGAUACAUUCUCUCACAUCUGUACAUAAGGCACCAUUGCAUGUUUACAUUCGUGAAGAUCCCACUUAUUAUCGACGAAUGAUAAAUCCAACACUAUCAUCACAAGUAGAGGAUGAGGAUGAGGAUGAUAAGCGAAGGUAUUUUUGCUGUAGUGAUACCGAAAGCAGUUGUAGUGAGUCUGAGAGUGAAGAGUCAUUUCAUCAAGAAGAGAUAAAUGAGUCCAAUUGUAUUAGUUUCGUUGAACCAGUUGCGGUAACAACAGGUGUUCUUCGUGCAGCCAUAGCGUUUAUACGUUUAAUAUUGAUAUGUGAGGAUCAGGCGAGUGAUGAUGUAAGCAUCUAA